AUGGCGUCGGGGGUCGCGCAGAUCUCGGCCUUGGCCCUGGCGCUUCUCGGCACGGCGGGGGCGUCGCUGGCCACGCUCCUGCCCAACUGGCAGGUCAGCAUGAGGGUGUGGUCCAGCAUGGUGGCCCCCGUAUGGCACACGCGGGGGCUGUGGAUGGACUGCGUGUGGUACGGCGGCGGGGUCUUCAGCUGCGGUGCCGACAAGUCUGCGUCGACGCCGCCCGCCUACAGGCAGGCCACACGAGCCGCCAUGGUCCUGUCCUGCGCAGCGGGGGCCUUGGGACUGUGCCUGACCUCACUAGGGCUCCGCUGUACCCGUUGGGGCGGCGACUGGCGCUCCAAGGGACGGGCAGCCGCAGCGGCGGGGGCCUGCUUUGUCUCGGCCGGCGCCCUGUCCUUGGGACCCGCUUUCCAGUUCGCCUGGGAGGCGCCGACUGUCAAUGAAUACCGGCCCGGCGGGGCACUCUGCGUUGCCUUCGUCUCCGCCGGGUUCCUCCUGGCGGCCGGCGUCAUCUUCUGUCUGUCCCGUUCGUCCGUAUCGCCGGACCUGCCGACGCCCACGGACCCAGAUAGAUACGCACCGCCCCGGGAAGACCGUCGCCCCCCGAGGGCCGGAGGCGAGCGUCGUCCGGCGGAGCCCACUGAGAACGUGAAAGACAGUUACGUCCUACAGGAAUACGUCUGA